AUGUCUUCCACCCCUUCUAAGAAUAGCAAGGCUGGCUCUGUUCCUCCACCACCUCCGCCACCCCCACUGAGUGCUGGCGGGGCUCCUGCUCCUGCACCAGUACCCCAACCGCCGGCCGUGGCGGAACAAGGCCCUCCUGGGGCCUUCCUCGUCGAACUGCUGAUCUACAACGGUCAUCCCUUCAAGGACCACUGGGCGUACUGGGUGCGUUCGCACAGCAAUAAGGAAAUUGGAGUCAAGAUCCACGCUACUGGCGAUGUGAGGAACGGCUUCAAGUUCGAGAUUAAGCGCAGCUGCAACUUCCGCACAACUGAAAUCCCCCCCACGAAGAGAAUCCCGCUGCAAUGGGUCGAUGGCCAGUACUUUGAUGAAAAAGAAAUGUUUAACAACGGAAUGUACAAAAUUGACAAUGUCCCGGUAUGUCCGUUCGAGGCCAGUGCGCACAAGAUCAAGGCCCCUGGGAAGAGCCUGAAUACAACUAGUGAUACCGUAAGUUCCAGCUACAUUUUUCUUGCAACCCUUGCCUUGGUGUUCCAGGAACGCUCCGUGGAUAAUGUAUAG